UUUAAAUCAAGAAAAUUGGUUCAGUCUUUUGCUUGACUGACUGUUUCUUUGAGGGAACGAGAGAAGCUACUGCUCGGCUGAACAGAAACCGAAGGGAAACUGCCGGCGAUGAAGUUGGAAGAUUCCUCGAAUACCAAUCCGUGGUCAAGGCCUGGCGUAGAAGAAUGAAAACAAAAACAAUGCCUGUGGAUAGACUGUUUGCACACCGUUCCUGCUUGGUUCAUCUGGAAGCUGAUCACAACGCCCACCACUCCUGUAACAGAAACUAGUACCCUUCCGAGGUCAUCGCCAUCAAAACCUGAUUCUUCCACGAAACAGCACGUUGGUCCGAGAGUUCGCCGUCCGGUUAUCUGGAACAUGCUGCCUUCUGACCUGACCUGGUCCUCCCUUACCACAAGUUACACGAAGAGUGGCAUAUGGAAUCCAUAUUAUGGAUAACCCCCCCGGGCAUCGGAAACACCGGGGUCGGGCCGAAGGGGGCAAACCCCCAUCCCCUCGGAUGAACUCGAGACGAGACAAAACGUGCUGACAACUAGGUGGGUAACACGACCCAAAUGGACAAUCCGCCCUCGUUUUAGACCUAGUUUUCGAAAUUCGUGACCAAUGCUGUUGUCGGAAAAGGCCAACAGAAUCAUCUUCUCAGCAACAAGUUCAUCCCGCUGAACCGCAACAAUGGUAACUCAGCCGGGAAUGGAGGGGUGCCACAGGUUCCAGUGGCCAAAAAACCACCACCUUCGUUGGUAAAGAAUACGAGCUACCAAGUUACAAGCUGACUCCGUUUAGGAUCAAAAUGUUAUGUUUUUUCCGAAGAUCGCUUUGAAACCGUGCGUGCCCAAUUGAUUGCGAACAAAGUAAAGUUCUAUACCCACGAGAACAGAAAAGAGCGGCAACUCCGCGUCGUUGUCAGGGGACUCUCACCGGUUUCACCUGAAUACGUCAAGAAGAACCUCAAGGAAUUGCACAACCUGGAUGCUGUGGAGGUGCAUGCCAUCAAGAGAAAGGGAGAGUUUGCAGUUGGCAAUUACAUCUCGUGAGCAACAGACGUGUUUUCUCUGCUGUGCUAUCGCUAUUGUUCGCUUUCAAACAAAGUUCGCGUUGUGGCAGACACUGCAAAAUGAGUGCUGCCCGCAAAAACGUUCUCGUUGUGGACUUCAGCGUCCUCCCGGAACGCCCAAAGCUGGAAGUCGUGCAGCGGUUUGUUGAAAAGGGUCUAGGAAUAACAUCCUCCGACCUGAAAAGCAUUCAGCUUCACAACAUCCGCCAUUGCGUGCACAUCGAGAUGGCGGACCCUGCAGCCGCCACCAAGAUAGCAACGGAAAACCACUGCAAGUACGCGUUCAAGACACAUCCAGCUAUAAAAAUCCCGGUCUACGUCGACGACAACACCGUCGACGUUCGGGUCCACGAUCUCCCGCUGGACCUGCCAAACGCUCAGAUCGCCGAUGCAAUGAAGCAAUACGGGGAAGUACUCACCAUACGGGACGAAGUUUGGAGAAAUUUCUUCGCCGGUGUUCCAAACGGGGUGCGGGUGUUGAAAAUGAAACUUUCUAAACCAAUUCCCUCGUACAUUUCCGUGUGCGACCUCCACGGGUCGGACACAUACACGGGUCAAAUUGCCAGCUGCCGACGCUGCGGAAAAAAACGACACGUGUCCGAGAGCUGCUCCGAAGCAGCAAAAACAUCACAUGUGAACAAGCCACAACAAUUAAUCGCCCCAACCAAUCCAGACGUCCCGAUUGUUUUGCCGCUAAUCGAACCGACAGUAGUUGAAUCUCAAGUCAUUGCUCCACACACUGAGGACAAUGGUAAGGACGGAUUUACUACUGUUGGGAAGAAAGGAAAGGCAAAAAGGCAGUUAUCUGAGAAAGAAGUUUCAGCAAAAAAAGAAGCUGCGUGGAGGAGAACGACAAACAAAAUUUCGAAAUCGAACAAUGCAAUGACCAUGGACAACGAGAUCAACCAAUUCUACCACCAAACACGCCGAAGAGACGACUGUGCAAGCCAGCCGUUUGACGGAGGACUACGCCAGUCAACUUAAUUUUAUUAUUAUUAUUAUUAUUUUGAAUUGUUCUAGAAUUAGACAAAACUUGGCUGAAUUAUGUUUACAAAGGCCAGUUAGUUGAAAGCAUUUCACACCGAAUGUAAACUAGUGUAGAAAAUGCUUGCACCAGGGCCAUGGAACCAGUAACUGUUUGUUCAAGGACGAGUGUGGGGGACGGACGAGUGCAAAGCCAAGAAGCCGAGCCGAAGCGGUGUGCUAACUGCUCUGGAGCCCACCAAGCCUCUUUGCACUUAAACGACAUUUGAGAUUCUUCAGUAUCGCGAUAAAAUUGGCUAUUUUACAUUCCCUCAUUUAAGAUUUUACCAUGAUGAAUCAAAUACUAAUAUCCUGAUAGGCUUUGAGGUCCUGUUUUAGGAACUCGUUGCCUUUCGCCGGAUGACAAUCGAGGCAUUUGUCUGAUCUUUUCGCAACUUGGCAAAUCAAACUUCCUAACCCAUACUCGGUGCAACUACUAACUCUUUGCUUCGGAUUCUCUCCUCGUUCUUC